AUGCCAGCUCAGGCCUCUAUCCAUAGCGGAUGUGAGUUUGUGAUAAAAAUCCCCAGAGGAGAUGCAGAGCUGGAGGAAGAAGAGGAGGAAAUGGCAGCUUCUCAGGGGCGGCUGAUGUUCCAGGAUGUGACCAUAGACUUCACUCAAGAGGAGUGGGAAUGCCUGGACCUCGGUCAGCGGGACUUGUACAGGGAUGUGAUGUUAGAGACCUAUGGGAACGUGGCCCCCUUGGGAUGUCUCCUCAUGGCCAACCGCAGUCCUCUGCCUGGGUCUGCUCCCCAAAGCCCGCGUUCCAGCACCCAGCCCUCGUCUGCAGUGGUGGACACCCUUGAGGUGGACGCCCUCUCAGGAGGUCUUACUUGCCAUCAGAGAACUCACACUGGAGAGAAACCUUGUAAAUGUCAAGAAUGUGGAAAAGCUUUCAGUCAGUACGCAACUCUUACUCAACACCAGCGAAUUCAUACUGGAGAGAAGCCUUAUAAAUGUAAGGAUUGUGGCAAAGACUUUAGCCGGGGCUCAGGCCUUAUGUACCAUCAGAGAGUUCAUACUGCAGAGAAGCCUUAUAAAUGUAAGGAUUGUGACAAAGACUUUAGAUGGCACUCAGGCCUUAUGUCCCAUCAGAGAAUUCACACUGGAGAGAAACCUUAUAAAUGUCAAAAAUGUGCAAAAGACUUUAGUCAACACUCUACUCUUACUCAACACCAGCGAAUUCAUACUGGAGAGAAGCCUUAUAAAUGUAAGGAUUGUGGCAAAGGCUUUAGGCACUGCACAGCUCUUACUCGCCAUCAGAGAAUUCACACUGGAGAGAAACCUUAAUAAUAUAAAGAAUGUGGAAAAGUUUUCAUUCACUAUGCAACUCUUACUAAACACGAGCGAAUACAUACUGAAGAGAAGCCUUAUAAAUGUAAGGGUUUUGGCAAAGGCUAUAGGCACCGCACAGGUCUCACUCGCCAUCAGAGAAUUCACACUGGAGAGAAACCUUAAUAAUAUAAAGAAUGUGGAAAAGCUUUCAGUCACUAUGCAACUCUUACUAAACACGAGCAAAUUCAUACUGAAGAGAAGCCUUAUAAAUGUAAGGAUUGUGACAAAGACUUUAACCCAGCACAUUGGUCUUACUUACCAUCGGAUAAUUCAUACUGAAGGAAAUCUCAUAAAUGUAAGGAAACCUGCAGAGUCUUUAAUCAGCUCUCUCACCUCACUGGACAUCAGAGAGCAUGUCCUGGAAGGAAACCCUAGUAAUGAAGUAAGACAUGGAAGAGGUUGGUCCUGAACAUACAAUUCAGGAGACAAAAGACUUAUUUAUAUAAGAAAGACAUGGAAUGACGUAAAGAAAAUGUAGCAAAGUAUUUAUAAAAAAUCAAAUCUAAAUAAAUAUCAGGAAAUGCAUACUGGAAAGUAUUUCAUAAAUCCUGUUUUCUGAAGUUCCUCUUAGGGAGAAAUAUUGUAGAUAGUGAUUCAUAGUUAAAAUAGAUAGAAAAUUGAUAUGUUAGUAUGGAUCACAAGAUGAAGAGGUGAUGUUUAGCCAUGUACAGUUACUAGCUAUGUAUGUUUGUUUAUAUUGGCAUGAUUUGUGAUUAUUUGAAAACCAAAAUGAAUGUAACUGAAUUCUCAAAUUACUCCAUGCUACACUUCAUUUCUAGUGUGCAUGCAAAGUUAUGUUUUUGAUGGUUGCUACCUCAAAGAUGAGAGAAGCCCUUCUAUCUAGGAAGAAAACAUUUACAUUUUUCUCCAUUAUAAGAUUAAGGACACAGGAAUGUAACAUGUACAGUGAACAUCUAAAUGGUGGUGUUUGUCAUUCAUGUCACACAUCCCUGUAAGUCACCAUGAUGUAAGUGUUCAGGGAAUAAUUCCACAGAUUAAAGUAAGAUGUCCAUUUUCAAUAGUUACAUCACUUGCUUUGAAAGUAAAAUAAAAUGUCAGUUCACUAAAAUCUUGAUAUAUUUUAUAAUAUCAACAGAAGUCAUGAAUAUCAGCUGACAUGUUUCACUUAAAGACAUCUCUGCUACCCUAGAAAUGUACGGAAAACACUUCCCAGAAAAGUCAUGUAAUUAUUGUAUGUCUUCUUAAAUGAUUAGCCUCCCUUUUGUAAGCAUAGAAAUCGUAGUUCUCAGAUCAUUGUAUCAGAGGAAAGAUUAUCAUUAUUUAUGUUUAUAAUCUGUUUUAACCAGUUACAUAGCAGAGUGUAAAAGGUUUUAUUCUGUGUGAUAAGCAUACAUGUUCAUCAAUAAAACUGAAUGGUUUCUUAUGUAAA